AUGCUCUUUUUCAACCAGGUUUGGCAGCUCAGGUGCAGGUCACAGUUGGCAGACAAUUUAGAUGCAGUUAAUACUAGUAUAUUUAUUACAAGAAGGCCUGAGAAAAAGAUCAUGAGGUAUAUGUUUCAAUUACCUGCAAUUGCGGAGUCCUCCUGGAGAAAGCAGCUUGUCAGCACAGCUCAACAAUUUGUCAACAGCAGAAUCCACCCUGGGAAGGUGGUCGUGUUCACCAAGUCCACUUGCUCCUACUGCAGACAGACCCAAGAGAUCCUCAGCCUGUUGCCUUUCGAACAAGGGCUCUUGGAAUUUGUUGAUAUCACAGCCACCACUGACAUAAACUCGAUUCAGGAUUAUCUUCAACAACUCACAGGAGCCAGAACUGUACCUUGGGUUUUUAUGGGUACUGAAUGUUUAGGUGGAUGUUCUGAUCCAAUAAUGAUGCAAAAGAAUGAGGAACUGUUGAAGUGGCUAGAGGAGAUGGGAGUUCUAAAAUAA